GCAGCGCGCGCGCCCGUUCUCCCGCCACAUUUUCCCGCCAAUAUUCAGUUCGAUUUUCAUACAAAUUGUACUUUUUUGUGUGUUUGUGUAAGUGCUGAUAUUGUGCAGUGCAGUGUUUCAAGGAGUUUAAACAUUUUUAAGUGAUCAGUGUUUUUUUGUCAUGCGGUUUAUCAUGUCAACUAACUGCUCUACACAGGAUCCCCCAAGCUGAAAUGCGAGAAAGGAUACAGUAUACCUCACACAGUCGCAUCGGCUCCUUAAAGAAAGCCAAAUUCACAAGGUGUAAAAUGGUGGUGCGACGGUAUUAGAGGGCGUGCGGGCGGUGCGGGCGGCGCGGGCGGCAGGGGCUCGCGCGCGCCCACCCGCCGGCCGCCUGCCUCGCUCGCCGACGCACUACUAUGCGGAUGGCAAGCGCCCUGUCCACUUUGCUCGCGGUGUUGUGUGGAGCGGUGGCGGGGGGAGGUGCGGGCGCGGAGGGGGCCCUAGGGCCCAGCCACACGGCGCGGGGGAACGAGAGCCGCGUGCGGCGCGCGCCGCAGCCGCACCAUGCGCACCGCGGCAUGACAGACGAAGAAAUAGACGCAACAGCGUCAUGGAAGCGGUCACACUGGCGCGAAAUGCAGACCAUAUUGCGGCGGGAGGGCUCUCAACACGAUGUCGUCGAAUGCUGCCCGUCCGUUCUCGAAAUGGUCGCCAAAAAGGGCGGCCGGACCCCCACAGGUCUUUACGUAGAACUAUACGAAGACGGUGAAAACAAGCAACGUUUGUACGAACUGUCGUGUGCCCCGGACGUUGCGGAUAAACCGUGUAGAUUUGUAGACGCUAGGCUUUACAACCAGUCGAGGUGUGUUCAAAAAUAUUCUUACUCGUACGCCCUUGUCCGGUAUUCUUCAGCAACAGAGAUGCCCCAGAGACACCGUCCUGAGGGUCAUUUCUCAGUGCCGGGUUCGGGUGGCUGGUCUAUGGACUAUGUGAUUGUAAGAGCAGGUUGUGAGUGCCAAAUAACGCCGCCUAAGCGCAAGAGUGCGCACAGGAAGCGCUUCGAGAGACAUCGACAGAGGAAGAAGAACAGGAGACUGGAGGAAGAUGAUGAUACUUGAUUGUGUCGUGAUUACCAGUGGACUUGGACAAUUGUGUUUCGCUUUAGUGUAGCGUAAAGUCGGAGUUUUGAUUUGAUUUUAAGAUUCAAAAUUUCUGACCAGCAUUCAUUGUUAGUUUUGUUUUAAUUACAUCGAAUCUAUUGAAGAUAAAACUCUUAAAAAUUUCAUUUGGUCAAUAAUAUAAUUACAAAUUAAACUAUAAACUUUGGCAAUGUUAGUUUAAAAACUAAGAUUCUCAAUUAAUAAUUUGAAAUACGAAUCAAAUUUCCGGCUAAAUGCAAUGAACCCUAGUAAUAAGUUGAAUGCUAUGCCGUAGAAUAUAAUAUGUCACAUUCAAUAUACAAUAAUAAUAAAUAUACACACGUUCUGGUUUAAUAUUUAGAUAAAAUAAGCAAUAAAGUUUAUUUAACUGGUCCGUAACGAUAAAAUAUCUCAAUUAACCUAACGUGUUUGUCCUAUCCAUAAAAAUAAAAUAAAAGAGCAAGUUGAACAACAAUAACUAAUAUGAAAUAGUGUAGGUUUUUUGUUUAUAGAGCCAAGGUGUUAACUAAGGAAGGGUAUCACUUAGCGAUCCCUUGCGAAAUUCAACAAUAAUUGGUUCAACAAUUUCGUUAAUUAUCAAACUGGGUUAAAAUUAAAACACACACGCAAAGUUUACCUUUUUACAUUGACUUCGGAAACAGUCUGCAAAGCAUACCUUGGAACUGUCUUCCACAUACAAACGAUAUGGAAUGAAUUUUCUUGCGCUGUGUUUCGAGGACUGCUCUUUGUUAGGAGGCCCGCAUCAUUCCUGUAAUUCCUCCGUGUUCCAAGAGAGUAUAGGCGACAGUAGUUCCUCACCACCGGAUGACAUCAUCGUUAAAUUAAAAAAAAAAGCAUAAAUUGGCCUCAGCGACUGAACGCAACAAAAAAAAUGCUUAUACUUGCAACAUGUAGUAAUUCCCUAUUGUAUACCCAUAAUACGAUUUGGAACAUUUAAACCAACAUCAACGUUAAUUUAAAGUACCAUAAAAUUAGUUUGCUAGAAAUAUUGAAUCUGUCUUUCAUGCAUGACUGAAAUUAAAAUCAAAAGUUUCAUGUUUCUGAAACCAUCAUCACAGCCUGUAUUAGUAAAGUCCAUUCACAAAACGGUUCGCAAGGGGAUUUUAUUGAUAGCUUCAAAAAUGUUACUACUUUUUCUUCAAGGCCGGUAAUGCUUACAUAUUUAAAUUGAGAUUGUGAAUCAGUGGUAGUAUCGCCUGUAACAUCGAGAUUUAAAAAAAAACCAAGAUACAAUCAAAUGAAAUGUGAAAUUAAAAUUGUACGGCAUAACAUUAGGCAGUGUUACCGCCGCAGUCGCGUCAAGGACGUAUGGACGUGCCUUUACAGCCGGUAAUGUAUUACUCUGUAUUUAUUACUCUAUUUAAACAUUCGAUGUAGUCUCGUGGUAUUGUAAUAUAUUUAGAGAGUUCAGUGCCUUGCUUUGUGCCUUAUUGUAAUCGACUUAUUUUCUGAAACACGCUUUGAGUGUUUUUUGUAGUUACCUGUAUAUAUAAUGUAUUAGAAUCUAAUUAUUACAGGGCCAAAGUUUGAUUUGUUAUUCUAGGCUUCGCUAUGAAUGUAUAAUAUCUUUACUCUUUGCAUUUGGAGCAAUUCAAUUUUUACAUAAAUUAUAUUUAUUUAUUGGGCUCUUACUACACUAUUCUUGACUUCUGAAUAGUGAUUUUCAUUAUCAACAACUUAUUAGACAUCCAAUAGAAAAUUAAAUAAAUUUUGUUUCCCUUGAUUUGUUCGCAAUAUAUGUAAUUAUUUUUCCAAAUGUUGUUAGCCUUAGAAAACUCCAUAAUACUUAUGAAAUACUAGAUAUAUACCUAAAGUGAUAGGUAGAACCGCACAAAAUUUUAUUUAUUCGUAGAACAGCUAUAGUCUGUAAACAUAAUAAUAUAAAAACAACCAUGGAUUGAAAGAAACUCGCGGAAUGAUAAAGAUCUAAGCAGGCUUGUACCUAAUGAAAGAAACAAUUAUUACAAUUUCUCCCCUACACAUCUACAGUAAUAUCUCUUGCUUCAUCAAUCUUCUUGGUGUAUUCCGUGACUCUUCUUUUAGUCCAGUACUAAUCAAUUAAUAACGCUCUCUUCAAAUUGUUAUUAAACAAUCAUCGUGUUCUCUUCGAGUAGUUAUAAGUGCAUCCAGUCAAAGAUCUGUAUUAUUUUCUAUUUUGUAAUAACUUUACAUGUAUUUAAAUUAGUUAGGGAUUGAUAAAUUUAUUUAUACUCUAAUACGAGGUAUUCCGACAUUUUAUAUUUUAUCAACUGCUUCUACAUGCGUAUAAACUAUAAUAAAUUGUCUGAGAUUAUUUUGUGCAUUUAAAUGUGAACAAUUACCAAGCAAUAGUUAUUUCAAUAGUACAUUUUAUGUCACGCCAUCUAGUAACGAAUAGAUCUGUAACAAUGUUGAACGCGUAUAGGUGACGCUUUAUUAAACUUGUAUAACAGCAGUGCCAUGUUUAUUUAAAUUAUAAAAUUGUAUGUUUAAUUAUGUGUCAAUAUUUUAAUAAAAUGUUUUAAAUGUAAAUCUCUAUUUAAAUAGUAUUAUUUUGUUGAAUUAGUGACUGUACUUACAAUGGCAAGCUCAUACUCAAAUCAAUUUAAAAAAAUAUAUUACAGCAAGAUUUAAAAUUAGUAAUUUUAAUAUCGCUUGAUUUUUACCGCUGUAAACUGUCGAUUCUAUUCCAGCAAUAUUGAGUAACUUGAUUUAACUAUGAGUGACCCUUAAUAAUUGUUACUUAUCUACAAAAAUCAUCACAACUAAACCAAUGGACAAUAAAAUGAAAUUAACUAUCAAA